AUGCCGAACAUGGCGGAGAAGAAGGAGGAGGCCCCCGACUCUGGGGAGCCAGUGUGCGUGCUGUGCGGCCGCGCACAGGUGAACCCGGACAUCUGCGGGCAGACAUUUGCCAGCGGUGGGCUCUGUGCCCACGAAUUCUGCUUGGUCUUUGCCAACGGGCUUCUGGAGUGGAGAUGCCCAGUGGGGGAAAUUUUUGGCUUCCCCAUUAGCGCCAUCCAGCGCACGGUCCAGCUGGCAGGCCAGAAGAACUGCUUUGUCUGUGGCGAGAGGGGAGCUGCCAUCAGCUGCGCGGAGACAGGCUGCGAGCGCAGCUUCCACCUGCCCUGCGCCGAGGACGGGCAAUGCGUCACGCAGCACUUUGGGCCGCACAGGUCCUUCUGCUGGGAGCAUCGCCCUCGGCAGGCAGCGGAGGCAGCUCCGUCGCAGAACACCAUCUGCGUCAUCUGCCUGGAGCCCGUGGGGGACAGCACGUCCUACCACACCAUGGUGUGCCCGGUGUGCAAGCAGGCCUGGUUCCACCGGGGCUGCAUCAGGAAACAUGCCCUGCACGCCGCCACCAUGCGAUUCUUCUGCCCCGUCUGCGGAGGAAAAACAAGAUUCCGCUCCCAGAUGACCACCCUGGGCAUCCAAAUCCCAGUCAGACGACCAUCUUGGUGGGACGAUGCAGCAUACCAGCUGCUGCGAGAAAGCCACAGGCGCUGCGAUGCCAGCCCGUGCAUCUACGUAGGAGGCAGGGAGAGGGCACAGGAGAAGGGGCUCUGGCAGCUGCUCAUCUGCAGCUCCUGCGGCUCAGAAGGCACACACUGGUGCUGCUCCUUCUGGGCCUUGGGCAGAAAUGGCUGGGAGUGCGACACCUGCGCUGGCAGGAGCACCGCCCCCCGCUCCAGCGCCGAGCUUGCCAGCCCCAGCACUUCCAGCCAGGAGGUACCGGCGCCUUCCCCCGCAUCCGCAGCCACAAAUCGUCCCAGGCAGCGGGAGACCGGCCGCACAAGAAGCCGCUCCCCAUUGCAAGGCCGGGCCUCGGGCUCCCAGAGUCGGCCCCGAAGACAACGUGGUGGGAGCCGUACCACAGCCCGAGGUACUCAGGGCGGCACCCGCACCUCGGCCACACCAGCAGCACCGACGUCCUCGAGGGCUUCCCCUCUGCCUGCACGCAGAGGACGGCCCAGGCAAGGACGAGGGCGGGCCCCCACUCGAAGCCGAUCCCCAGUGGGGCGUCGCGCUUCCACUUCCCACAGCCGGUCCCGACGAGGCCGUGGGAGCCGGUCCAGGCAGCAGGGACCAGCCCAGGCACGAAGCCACUGCCGGGCAAACCACCCGAGAAGACGGCCCCACGGCCAGUCCCAAAGACGGCGCUGA